AUGGCCGAGAUCCGUCGUAAGCUCGUCAUCGUUGGCGAUGGUGCCUGCGGAAAGACUUGUUUGUUGAUCGUUUUCUCGAAGGGCACUUUCCCAGAGGUCUAUGUCCCAACUGUCUUCGAGAACUAUGUUGCCGAUGUUGAGGUUGAUGGAAAGCAUGUUGAGCUCGCCCUAUGGGAUACUGCUGGCCAGGAAGAUUAUGACCGUCUUCGCCCACUUUCAUACCCAGACUCCCACGUCAUCCUGAUCUGCUUCGCCAUCGAUUCCCCAGACUCCCUUGACAACGUCCAAGAGAAGUGGAUCUCUGAGGUCCUUCACUUCUGCUCCGGCCACCCUAUCAUUCUCGUUGGAUGCAAGAAGGAUCUUCGACACGACCAACGAACCAUAGAGGAACUGCACAAGACCUCCCAGAAGCCUGUAACCCCUGAGCAGGGUGAGGAGGUCCGCAAGAAGAUUGGCGCAUAUAAGUACCUGGAGUGCUCCGCCCGAACAAACGAGGGUGUCCGUGAAGUUUUCGAGUCAGCCACCCGUGCUGCCCUGCUAUCCAAAGAGAAAACCAAGAAGUCCAAGUGUAGGCUUUUGUAA